UUAAAUAGUAAAUUGUAUAUUGAAACGAUUGGCGAAUAAAUUAAUACGUGAGCGACACAAAUUAGUGCAUUUUUCAACAUGAUAACGCGGCCGUGCACACCGUGAAAGCAGUAGAACAAUAUUUUACAAAUGAAAAAAGAUUGUACUUUAGAAUGGCUAGCCAAAUCUCCGGAGUUGAAUAUUGUAGAAAAUUGUUGGGGGAGUUUGGAAGACAAUUCGCAAAUAUUAAUGAAUUUGAAAUAUGAAUAUCGUGGAAAAAUGGGAGAAACUAAGCUAAAAGCAAUCGUUCUUCGUCUUCUUUCGCUGAAUUUGCACAAGACAAUUGUUUCUGACAAUGAACAAUCAUCCGACAACGGAAGUGUAUCAAAUAGACCGAAAUGCAAGAAGACAAUAUAUCAGAAACUGUGGAUAAUGUAGUUCCAGAAAUUUGAACGUAAUUGGCAACGUAUUGGACCUAGCAAGGAUACAGCGAUUGUCUCUUGUCAGUGUAUAAAUAAUAAUAAAUAAAUAUAUUAUUAUUGUUA